AACAAACUAUCUUUGUUUACCAAUAUAAAUGUACAAAACAAAUCUAUUACAUUAGUUUGGGAAGUUUCUUAUAUUAAACCACCAACUAACAAAACCGAGGAAGUACUGUACAUCUCCAUUUUUCACUUGGUCAUUGGCUUCCCAUUACACCACCCACAUCUAUGAUUAACAGUACUUAGUUUCCGCUAAGUUUAUGGCUUCAGGAUAUAAAAGUGUCUUAUAUUAAACAACCGACUAACAAAAACAGUUUGUUUAAAAACCUGUGGGUGGGAAGUUGUGUGUUUUAACCACUAGGCUCUUUGAAGUGAUGGAUCUCUGAAGAAUCUUCUGUUUAAGUACUUCACAAACGUAUCUGGUUACAUCACAUCAGGUAAUCUUGAUUAGAAGAUUCAAAUGUUCUUUUUUUUAAUUUAAAACAGCGUCUGAAGCAGGCAGACUGACACACACUACAUCCAAGUGAAUAUGACAGAAUAUAUAGAAUGAGAAUUUAAGAAUUUCAUUAAGUACAUUUGUAAAGUCCAAUUUAACCUAAUGCACCCAGUAACUGAUGAACCUCCAGAAGGUAGUUUGGCAGCUGUGGCAGCGUGAGCUGCCGAUGCUUAUCUAUGAAUAAUAAAAGUAAGUACAACUCUGACAUGAAGUCAGCUUUUUAGUUGACUGUUUAGACAGACUAUUGUCUUUGUCUGUCUGUCUGUCUGUCUGUCUGUCUGUCUGUCUGUCUGUCUGUCUGUCUGUCUGUCUGUCUGUCUGUCUGUCUGUCUGUCUGUCUGUCUGUCUGUCUGUCUGUCUGUCUGCCCGCCCUAGCAAACAGUGAAGAACUGACAUUAACAGAUCUAUGUCUUGUUCUUAGAACUGUGCCUAUACUGGGUAUUUGACUCUAACUCUACAGGUCAGAUACUAAAGGUCCACCUUUUGGUUUUACCCUGGAAUUGCGUCUUUGUUGCUAAAAAUGGGGGUGUCCUCAUUACACAUUUUUAACACCUUCCCCAGACAGACCAAGGAGGGGGGCUGCUGGGCUCAUGAGUGUGUGAUCAGCGCUGAAAAGGGCACUGACAGUCGACUGAAAUCAGCGAAAACGAACCGCUCCAUCUGUAAGUUGGUCUUAGAGGACUUUUCCAACACGUGAGUUUGAAUUUGCAGAACAGGACUUGUGCUGCAGGUUUCUCAACAUGUUAACUGGCAAGUGUUUCCUGUGCAUCGCUACGUCUCUGUACCCGCUGGCCGUCAUAUCCAUCAUCUGCAACAUCGUGCUGUUCUUUCCUGGUGGGGAGGUCAAGUAUGAAUACAUUACUCAGGAAGUGAAGUACAUGGGGGGACUGGUUGGAGGGGGUUUGAUGGUACUGGUCCCAGCACUUUACAUCCACUUGACUGGAAAACAGGGAUGCUGUGGAAACCGCUGUGGGAUGUUCUUUUCUAUUGCAUUUGCUGCAGUGGGUGUGGCUGGUGCCCUGUACAGUUUUAUUGUGGCGGUGCUCGGCCUGCAGAAUGGGCCUCUGUGCAAGGUUGAUCUCCUAUCCUGGAGGCCUCUUAAAGACAGCCUCUCCAACAUCCCCAGUUACCUCACUGACCAGUCCAAGUGGGGAUUAUGCCCAUCGCACAAGAACAUCGUGCAGUUCAACGUCAGACUCUUCACCACUCUGGUGACCACGAGUGUACUGCAGCUGAUCCUAUGCGGUAUCCUGAUGAUCAAUGGCCUCUUUGGCUGCCUGCGUGGAACCUGCAAAGAAGGGCGACGACCGGGUGGCGCAGCUACGUCCGGGUGGUGAUGACGUAGGUCACGAGCGGGUAUAUGAAGGGGUUUGUGUCAGGAAGUGCCAAUAACCACUACGUGAAUCAAACACUGUGGCGCAAGGAAAUUACUUACAGCAAAGGUCCCUUGCGUCUGACUGGCGCCCCCUGCUGGAGCACCGAGGAAGCCUCGCUGGCUGCUUCUGCCUCUGUUUUCCCUUACAACUAGUUUGUCAUUGACAAUUUUUUAUACUUUUAUGUGUAUAUCAUGAUGCUUUGCACUCUAUUGAAUUAACCAGAAUGCAAUUAAAAAAUCUGCAUCAGUGAAUUAAGAAUUGUUCUUAGAACCAAAAUAAACGUUUUUUUUUUAUUUUUUGUGCCUAUUGUCCAAAAUAAUUGAAGUAUAAUAACAUCCAGUAUAAUAAAUAAAUAUAGUA